AUGGCGUACGUUAGCAUGGGCGAAGCUCACCGGCGAAUCACAGAGUACUUAAACCGUUUCUGCGACUCCGUUUCUUACCAAGACUCUUCUACACUUUGCCGUCUCCUCUCUUUCUCUUCCAAUUCAGCACCUCUUCUCUCACUCGCCGAUGCACUCAAUGUCUUCCAGGAUGCUAGCAGUUUGAUAAGACAAUCUGAUAAAUUCUCUGAAUACGGCGAGAUUCUUGCUCAUUUGUUUCGUUCUCUACAAAGUUACAGAAUUGGGAAUCUAGUCGAAGCAUACCUCGCUUACGAGAAGUUUGCCAACGCUUUUGUUCAGGAGUUUCGUAAUUGGGAAUCUGCUUGGGCAUUGGAAGCUCUGUAUGUAGUUUGUUAUGAAAUUCGAAUUCUUGCUGAAAAGGCUGAUAAAGAGUUGACUUCAAAUGGAAAAUCUCCAGAGAAACUUAAAGCUGCAGGAUCUCUUCUCAUGAAAGUUUUUGGAGUUCUUGCUGGUAAAGGUCCAAAACGAGUUGGAGCAUUAUAUGUGACUUGCCAAUUGUUCAAGACCUACUUCAAGCUUGGAACUGUCAAUCUUUGUCGAAGUGUAAUAAGAAGUAUUGAGACUGCUCGGAUUUUUGACUUUGAGGAAUUUCCAAGAAGAGACAAGGUUACAUACAUGUAUUAUACCGGAAGAUUAGAAGUCUUCAACGAGAAUUUUCCUGCUGCUGACACAAAGCUAUCAUAUGCCUUACAACAUUGCAUCCCCAGAAGAGACCGGAAUAUAAGGAUGAUAUUGAAGUAUCUGAUACCAGUAAAACUUUCGUUAGGAAUCAUACCAAAAGAUGAGCUCUUGCAAAAUUACAAUCUUCAUGAGUACAUAAAGAUUGUGCAAGCGCUGAAAAAGGGUGAUCUCAGGCUUCUCCGGCAUGCUCUUCAAGAACAUGAAGAUCGGUUCCUGAGGUCGGGUGUGUAUCUUGUAUUGGAAAAGCUGGAGCUCCAAGUCUACCAGAGACUCAUGAAGAAAAUUUAUAUCAUCCAGAAGCUGAGUGAUCCAGCGAGAGCUCACCAACUAAAACUUGAAGUGAUUGCCAAAGCACUUAGGUGGCUGGAAAUGGACAUGGAUCUCGACGAGGUGGAAUGUAUAAUGACGAUCCUGAUAUACAAGAACCUUGUGAAAGGCUAUUUAGCACACAAGAACAAAGUGGUGGUCCUAAGCAAGCAAGAUCCUUUCCCUAAACUCAACGGGAAGCCCGUUGGCUCAUAG